CUGAUCAGUGCGGAUGAGGUAACCAAACACCAACCAGAGACACUCCCCCCCCCCCCCCCCCCCAAUGGCGGCCGCAUGGAAACGACAGCGCCGCGCGCCGCCACCGCCACCCAGCAACGCGGCCGCCUGAGUACCUACCCCUCCCUUCCUCCUCCUCCUCCUCGCCGGUGAGCCUAUGGCGGUGCGGCGGAGCACGAUAUCGACGCCCGGCGAGACGGAUUUGUGAUCGCGCGGCCAUGUCGAUCGUCCCGCCGCCGAAGAGCAGCCCUCCUCUUAUGGCCGCUUCGCCGUCGCCCACCAAUUCGUCCUCGUCCUCCUCCCCGGCGCCAUCCGUCUCGCCUCCACCGGCGCCGUCGAAUCCACAUGGCGGCGGCGGCGGCGCACCCCCGCCGUCGCCGGCCAGGGUCCCCUCCCCGCCGUCUCGCUCCUCCGGUGGCGGCUCCGGCUCGGAGGACGUCGCCAGGUCGGCGCUCGCCUCCGCGCGCCGCGGCGGGUACAACGCCAUGGUCGAGAUCGUCUUCGCCGCCGUCGGGGCCGCCGCGCUCCUCGUGCUCCUCGUCGCCGCCUGCCUCUGCUGCUCGAGGAAGACGGCGCCGAGGAGGAAGAGGAAGAAGAAGCCUCACAACCCCGUCACGCAUUUCGACGCGGACACCUCGGGAUCCAAAGGCGGCGGCGGCCGCGACACCAGCGGGCCGAAGCCGCCGCCACCGCCGCCAUGGCUGGCCGAGCCCCGCGCGGCGCCGUCGACGAGCGACGCGGCGGGGAUGAGCAAGGGGACGUUCACCUACGAGCAGCUCGCGGCGGCGACGGGGGGCUUCGCGGAGGAGAACCUGGUCGGGCAGGGCGGGUUCGGGUACGUGCACAAGGGGGUGCUCGCCGGCGGCAAGGCGGUGGCCGUGAAGCAGCUCAAGUCCGGCAGCGGCCAGGGGGAGCGCGAGUUCCAGGCCGAGGUGGACAUCAUCAGCCGGGUGCACCACCGCCACCUCGUCUCCCUCGUCGGCUACUGCAUCGCCGGCGCGCGCCGCGUGCUCGUCUACGAGUUCGUCCCAAACAAGACCCUCGAGUUCCACCUCCAUGGGAAAGGCUUGCCGGUGAUGCCAUGGCCGACGAGGCUGCGCAUUGCGCUCGGGUCGGCGAAGGGGCUCGCCUACCUACACGAAGACUGCCAUCCUCGGAUCAUCCACCGCGACAUCAAAUCCGCCAACAUCCUCCUCGACAACAACUUCGAAGCAAAGGUGGCGGAUUUCGGGCUGGCGAAGCUGACGUCAGACAACAACACGCACGUGUCGACGCGCGUGAUGGGGACGUUCGGGUACCUGGCGCCGGAGUACGCGUCGAGCGGGAAGCUGACGGAGAAGUCGGACGUGUUCUCCUACGGCGUGAUGCUGCUGGAGCUCGUGACGGGGCGGCGGCCCAUCGACGCCGGCGCCGCCGACCACCCCUGGCCCGCCUCCUUCAUGGAGGACGACAGCCUCGUCGAGUGGGCGCGGCCGGCCAUGGCGCGCGCGCUGGCCGACGGCGACUACGGCGGCGUCGCCGACCCGAGGCUGGAGGGCAGCUACGACGCGGUGGAGAUGGCGCGCGUCGUCGCCAGCGCCGCCGCGUCCGUCCGCCACUCGGCGAAGAAGCGCCCCAAGAUGAGCCAGAUCGUGAGGGCGCUGGAGGGGGACAUGUCGCUGGAGGACCUGAACGAGGGGAUGCGGCCGGGGCAGAGCAUGGUGUUCGGCACGGCGGAGACCGGGGGCAGCAUCAGCGAGGCUUCCGGGUCGUACACGUUCGACAUGGACCGGAUCAUUCAGGAGGCGACGGCGGCGAGGCUGGAGUCCGGCCGGCGAGACGAUGUGUCUUUCUCCGGCGAGAUGAGCGCGGAGUGGAAGCAGCCUCCGCACCGGGUGAGCAGGUAGCAGCAGCUUCUGAGUUGCUGGGUAUCACUUGGGGUGGCCAUGUGUGGUGUGGGAAGUCAACUAACACAAAGUGUGCCCAAUUUUUAUUGGAAAUAUUGUUGGAUAUAGAAAGAGGAGGAAAUGGUUUGAUUGUUCCAUUAAAUGAAAGAAUCGAUAAAUCUGCUUGCAGAUUUUGAAUGAGAAACAAAAUCUAGGGUGUGUUUAGUUCACGUCAAAAUUAAAAGUUUGGUAGAAAUUAGAACGAUGUGACAGAAAAGUUAGAAGUUUGUGUGUGUAGUAAAAUUUUGAUGUGAUGGAAAAGUUGAAAGUUUGAAGAAAAAUUUUAGAACUAAACUCAGCCCUAGUGAAGGGCUAACAGAAUACAGAACUGAAUUUUGUUUCA